AUGAGCAAAAAUAUUCGUUUACCUACUUUGGAAGAAUAUGGGCUGUCCGACAAUGGUUUUCUGCCAAGUGAGUUCCCGGUGAGUAAAUUAUCAGAUGAAUAUUAUAAAGACUGGGAGACGAUAGUUGAAAAUAUACCUUCGUUGCUUCUCUCAAAAAAAAUGAGAGAGGUUGUUGAUAGAUUGCCAGUUUUAGAUGUUAAAGACAGUUUGGUCGGGGACGUCAGGCAGGUUCGGAGGGCUUAUUCUGUGCUGUGUUUUAUUGCCAAUGCUUAUGUGUGGGGUUACGAUAAACCGUGUGAUACGCUUCCCGAUUGUAUAGCUAAACCAUUGCUUACGGUAUCGGAUAUCUUGGGUCUGCCUCCUUUGGCUACUUAUGCUUCGGUCGUGCUGUGGAAUUACAAGCCUAUCGUGGCAAACAGCGAGUUGGUUGACGACUUGCUGGACCUGUCGAAUUUGACCAGCAUCAACACGUUCACCGGUGGCAUGGACGAAACGUGGUUUUACCUUGUGAGUGUAAUGACGGAGAAAAUCGGUGCUCCUUGUGUGACGUCUGGUUUGAAGGCUAUCCAGGCUGUUAGGGCAGAUGAUCUAGAGGGUGCUAUCAGUGAGUUGAAAUGCAUUGCUGAGGCAAUCGACAACUUAGGUAGCGUACUCAUGAAGAUGGAGGCUAUGUGCGAUCCCCAUAUUUUUUUCUUCAGGAUAAGACCUUAUCUUGCUGGCUGGCAGAAUAUGGCAGAGGUUGGUCUGCCAAAGGGUGUGAAAUAUGGGUCUGAGGGAGAUUAUUUGUCUUUUGCUGGUGGCUCAAACGCGCAAAGCUCUUUGCUUCAAGCUUUGGAUAUAGUCUUGGGCAUUGAGCAUUUCCCAACGGGCAAGAAGGGCUCUGGUGCUCGCACCAUCUCUGCAAAUAGUGAUCAGAACUCUUUCAUCAAUGAAAUGAGAAAGUAUAUGCCCAGGGAACAUCGCGAGUUUCUGGGACACUUGGCCAAAGUGAGCAAUAUCAAAGACUACGUGGAAACAAAGAAGGAUAAGGAAUUGACUCUAGCUUAUGAUGCAUGCAUAGCAAUGCUGAAGUCGUUCCGUGAUAAACAUAUUCAGAUUGUAACACGGUACAUCAUACUGCAAGCGCACAAGAAGGACGCUUCGUCACAGUCGAAGGUUUUAAGAAGUGGUCUGUCCAAGAGCCAGGGACAAAAAGAACAAAGAGGAACUGGUGGAACCGCCUUAAUUCCUUUCUUGAAGCAGUGUAGAGAUGAAACGGGCAGCUCUGCGGCCUCGGAUUGGGGCAAGAAGGUAUUGAGUACGGCAGUGUUGAAUGUUCAUGAAAACUCUACUGCUGCCGGCGUGAGAAAAAGAUCUCACGAGUCAACUGCUGACUCUGGUGGUGACGCUAAAAGAAUGAAGUUGGGCCUUGCCGGAAAUUGGAAUAUAGAUCAAGAAAGUGAUGAGGAAGGCAGUUAUCCAGCCGGUCAUUGGUAG